GAAGCAAGAUUUCCGCGGUUGUGCAACGGCACCUCGCGGGAGCACAGAGGCCUGGGCCCUGCAUCCCUUCUCCUCCUGGUCCCUGGUGUCGGGCAGCCGAACCAUGGCCUGGGUGGCGCCGGCGGGGAGCUGCGGGGCCCGCGGCGCGCUCUCGGUGCACACGCUCCUGUUCGACCUGCCGCCCACGCUGCUGGGCGAGCUCUGCGCGGUCCUGGACAGCUGCGACGGCGCGCUGGGCUGGCGCGGCCUGGCGGAGCGACUUUCAAGCAGCUGGCUGGAUGUUCGUCACAUUGAAAAAUAUGUAGACCAAGGUAAAAGUGGAACAAGAGAAUUACUUUGGUCCUGGGCACAGAAAAACAAGACCAUUGGUGACCUUUUACAGAUUCUUCAGGAGAUGGGACAUCAUCGAGCUAUCCAUUUAGUUGCAAGCUAUGGAGCAGCUUUGACUCCCUUAGAGCAGAGACAUCAGGGAGAUGGAUUUCCAAACAUGUUCUCCAAGGAAACAGCCGAUGUCAAAAUGGAUAAUGUUCUUAUUCCUGAAGAUAAUAAAAAAGGAAUGUUGCUUAAAUCCUCUAUCAGCUUUCAAAACGUCAUAGAAGGAACCAACAACUUCCACAAAGACUUCCUAAUCGGAGAAGGGGAGAUUUUUGAGGUAUACAGAGCGGAGAUCCAAAACCAAACCUAUGCCAUUAAGUUAUUUAAACAGGAGAAACUAAUGCAAUGUAAGAAGCAAUGGAAGAAGUUUUUAUCUGAGCUUGAAGUUCUACUACUAUAUCAUCAUCCAAACAUACUAGAGUUGGCUGCAUAUUUUACAGAGAGUGAGAAGUUCUGCCUGGUUUAUCCAUAUAUGAGAAACGGAUCACUUUUUGACAGAUUACAGUGUGUAGGUAACACAGCCCCACUCUCUUGGGACAGUCGAAUUAGUAUAUUAAUAGGAACAGCCAAAGCCGUUCAGUACCUGCACAACACCAACCCGUGCUCGGUCAUCUGUGGCAGUAUAUCAAGUACAAACAUACUUUUGGAUGAUCAGUUUCAACCCAAACUGACUGACUUUGCCAUGGCACACUUCCGGCCCCACCUGGAGCAUCAGAGCUCUGCCACAAGCAUGACCAGCAGCGGCGGCAAACACCUGUGGUACAUGCCAGAGGAGUAUAUCCGACAGGGCAGACUCUCCACUAAAACAGAUGUCUACAGCUUUGGAAUCGUAAUAAUGGAAGUUCUGACAGGUUGUAAAGUCGUAUUAGAUGAUCCAAAGCAUAUUCAGCUGAGAGACCUCCUUAUGGAGUUGAUGGAAAAGAGAGGACUCGAAUCAUGCCUCUCACUUCUAGACAAGAAAGUGCUUCCCUGUCCUCGGAAUUUUUCUGCCAAGCUCUUCUCUCUGGCAGGCCAGUGCACUGCAACGCGGGCAAAACUAAGACCAUCAAUGAAUGAGGUUCUAACUACUCUUGAAAGUACUCAAGUCAGCUUACAUUUCGCUGAAGAUCCUCCCAUGUCACUCAAGUCCUUCAGGUGUCCUUCUCCUCUGUUCUUGGACAAUGUACCAAGUAUUCCAGUGGAAGAUGAUGAAAGACAGAGUAAUUAUUCACUGCUUCAUGACAAGCACUUGAGAGAAGUGAGAAUGACUCAGAAAAUUCCCUUUGAAUGCAGCCAGUCUGAGGUUACAUUUCUGGGCUUUGAGAGAAAGGCAGGGAGUAAAAGAAAUGAGGACACUUGCAAUGAGCCCAGUUCUUCUCAUGAAUUUUGGUCUCCAGAGCAUGCAGCUCCAUCUCAGGACUCAAGGGCCUCUGGCAUGAACGUGGACCCUUCUGGAGAAGCUCCAGGCCAUUCUUGCAGGUGCAGGCCUAUGGAGAUUAGCUGUUCCCCUGAAUCCUACUGGAAUGAAUGUGAACAGCACAAAAAGGAACCCAUUUUACCAGAAGAUAAAGAAGAGGGCAAGGAUUACUGAGGCGUGUGAGUACAGGUACCAUCUGGGAAAGAUGCUGCCUUCAUAAGUAAUGCCGAGAGGAUGACAUUGGUAAUGCAGAUAAACAGCCUGGACGGUCCCAUUCUUUACUUUCCAACUUGCAAAACAGAGUGACUUAAAAAUGUGUUUUAUCAGGUAAUUGGCUCAUGAGCAAACCUAGGCUAAAUUAGAGUCAUUCAAGAUUAAUUGAGAUAAUGGGCUCUGACUGCAGACCAACAAAACAACCAGAACCUACCAAAAAGAGACUGAAUUCUGACGUUUUCUUCAUCAAUAUGAGCCCUCAGAGCCUUCAGUCCACUAAGUAUGUUCCAUUCAGUAGGAUUCCAUUGUUUAGUUUUGUUUGCUU